CAUCAGCAGGCCCAGCCAGCCGCGGGGUUGAAAGUGCGGACAAGCGCCAACUCUGUCAAGCUCUCGACAGGUCGUCGUCCGAACAGCACCGGUGGCUAGGCAUGACGAUCUUGUUGUUUUAUCAUUCUGGAUCCUACGCCAUUUUAUAGAGUAGAUAUCGUUUGUGUGGUUGAAUCCUUCGAUGGGGUCUCUAAUUGCCCCUCCACACAACGACAGCGCAUCAUCGCAGCCUGCCUCGCCUCGGCUUCUAUGACUGCACCCACCGACAAAGAAAGAAACGCAACAUAGGACCCCCUCCCCCCACGCCCAACUCAAGAUCCCACCCGGGAUAAAACCCUGGCAUCACCAUGCCACGACGUCCUCGCCCCCGCGAAUACGACGAGAUCUACGGCAACGACCCCAGCCAGUACUACCGCCGGCCAGCUCGCGAGCAACCGCCGCCGCCACCACCCCCGCCGCUCCCCAUCGACGAUGACCCGCCGAUUCCAUACCGGGCGCCGAGCCCACCGAUGAUCGACAAGUUCGAGCGCAUGCGGAUGCGCGAGCAUCCUCGUCGGGAGCGCGAAGAGAUCGAUCUCUCCCCUCGAUCGACGGAUAAGAAGUAUCCGGGCCAGUUUCCGGAGAGCGAAAUCGAGGGGGACCUCGUUCCUGUUGGGAGGAGACGCUCUUUGCCUCCAAGGGAGUUGCUGCGUGAUCAUGCUAAGAGUCAUGAGUUUAUACGACGCAGUAGGAGCCAGAAGAAGGGAGAGAAGUUGAAGAGGUUGGAGCUUGAGCGUGGUGAUCGGCGCCCGUCGUCUAGUGGUGGGAGGCGAGAAGAGUACAUAAGGGAGAGGAGUAGUCGCCAUCCGCGUCCGCCUUCACGGCUGAGGCCUGCGUCUGGGUAUCAGACGGAGUUGGAAGAUGACGAGGAUGAUGACAUUGUUAUUCCUGGGAAGGGGGGUAGAGGGGGUUCCGAGAAAGAGGAGAUUGAGGAGCUUAGUAUACGUGGUGAUGAGGAGUCUUCGCCUGAAUCUGAGGAUUCUGCUACGCUGGCUCGGGUACCUCCUAGACCUCGAGAUUCUGGUAUGCGACAGAGACACGGGCGACGGGGUUACGAAAUGCUGCGCCCUCCUCGUGUGCCCAGCCCGGAGGUCAGUUUCGAAGAACAGCGGCUUCAUCGACGCGAAAUGAGAGGAAUGCCCCCGCGUGAAGAGACUAUUCCAGAAGAAAGGAUGAAGAACGGCCCCCCGAUGCCAGUCCCAAUCCCCAUGCACCGCGUCCCUCCGGAGCACCUAGGUCCACGAAAGGGAGAGUUUCCCGUAGUCGAUCACCGGCUUCUGGAGGCUACAAAGGCCAUCCCAAGCGACGCUAGCGAGGACGACAGCGACAGCGGCGAAGAAAACGGAAUGUUCAAAAGCUUCUACCAACACCACGACCCCGAGCCUUCUCGGCCCAUCAGCCCACGGAAAGACGCCAUCGACGGCUGGGCAAUUGUCAACGCUGGUCCUAAACCGAUGCACACUCUGCGGGAACCGGACCCGUUCCCGGAGCCUCGUUUCGCCAGAGACUCGAGACAAAAGGUCGCUUUAGAAGACAAGAGCGCCCCCGGCACAGAGGUCGACGGAGGCCGGGGCAAGAUCGGCCGACGGUAUGUUGGACUCAAGGAUAAGAAGAAUGAUCUCUGGACGGAGAUUACGAAGGACUUGGUUGUGAAAGAGGCGAUUGAGCGCAUUGGGUACGAGUACGAAGAGACCGCAUCGUCGUACUAUAUUUUUUCAUACCUGCAAUAUGAUGACGUUUCAGCCCUGGUGGAAAUGUCAGAGGACAUUCGCCAGGCUCGCCGGCGGCGAAUCCAGGAGAUCCACCAGGAACGAGCCUCGAUGGCGGAGAAGCCUAGCCAGCCGAUUCUCGACAAGCCACCGUCGCCGUCGCCGUCUCCUCGUUUCCGGCCUCGAGAGGAAAGAAGGGUGAGGGAGCGGAUUGACGAGAGUCGGAGACCGGGUCGGUCGGGGAGAAAAUAGAUGUUGUCUUUUUUUUUUCUUUAUACUUCUUCAUUCUUUUCAUGUCUGGCACGGGUUCUUUUUUGGCAUGGUUGAUGUUCCUUUUCCACUGAUCUAAGAUUUAUCAGGAUUGGGAGGAUCUUAUGAGUUAUGAUUGAUUAUGUAGGUACUCGCUUGUACGAGUACCUAUCGAAUGACAGGAUAUGUAUGCCACUGCAGAGCUUAAACAUACAAUGG